AUGGCUGAUGAUCCACACCCUCCACUUCAUGAGUACCACCAGUCAGGAGACCUAAUCAUUGGAGCUAUCGCUUCCCAUACUUUCAUCAUCUCCAGUGCAAUCACCUUCACUGAAAAACCCCCAUCACCUUUGCCUGAAGAGCUUGUUGCAGUACCUAAGAAUUAUCAGCACAUCCUGGCCUUGGCAUUUGCAGUAAAAGAGAUCAAUGAAAACCCUCAGCUCUUACGAAAUGUCACCUUGGGCUUCCACAUCUAUGACAGCUAUUUCACUGAGAAGUGGACCUACCAUGCUACAAUACUACUAAUAUGCACCCUGGGAGUUUUUGUUCCAAAUUACAACUGUGAUGUCCAAACUAACCUGAUUGGGGUCAUUGGGGGACUGGACCCGCCAACCUCACUUCAAGUAGCAAUACUUGUGGAUAUUUACAAGAUUCCACAGCUCCACCGGUUUAUGAAAAGUGUCUCAUUUAACAAUAGUGCAGGGGAAGAAGUUUCCUUUGACCAGAAUGGGGAGUUAGCAGCUGGUUUUGAUGUCAUGAAUUGGAUUUCCCCCACAAACCAAUCCUUUCAUAGAGUGAAAGUUGGGAGGCUGGAUCCCCAAGCUCCUCCAGACCAAGCAUUCACCGUCAAUGAGGAUGCUAUAAGAUGGCACAGGGGAUUUAACCAGGCACAGCCUCUAUCUGUGUGCAGUAAGAGUUGUUACCCUGGUUCUUGGAAGAAAGUGAAGGAAGGCGAGCCAUCUUGCUGCUACGAUUGCAUUCCAUGCCCAGGAGGAAAGAUUUCAGACCAGAAAGAUGCAAGGGAUUGUCAUAAAUGCACAGAUGAAAAAUAUCCAAACAAAAGGCAAGACCAAUGUAUUCUGAAGGAUGUCAGGUUCUUGUCUUAUGAAGAACCUUUGGGCCUCUGUUUAGCCUCUUUAGCACUUUCAUCUUCUAUGAUCACAACUCUAGUGCUUGCAACAUUUAUAAAACACCACAAUACUCCCAUUGUCAAAGCCAACAACCGGGAUCUCACCUAUACUCUCCUCAUCUCACUCCUGCUUUGCUUCCUUUGUGUAUUUCUGUUUAUUGGAGAACCCCAUAUGGUGAUGUGUCUCUUCCGACAAAGUGCUUUUGGCAUCAUCUUCUCAUUGGCUGUUGCUUGUGUGCUGGCAAAAACCAUCACGGUAGUUCUGGCUUUCAUGGCCACCAAACCUGGAUCCAAAAUGAGGAAGUGGGUGGGAAAGAGUCUAGCCAGCUGCAUUGUUCUUUCCUGUUCCCUCAUCCAAGCACUUAUCUGCACUGUUUGGCUUGCAACCUCUCCCCCAUUCCCAGAUGUUGACAUGCACUCCUUCACUUCAGAAAUUGUUCUACAAUGUAAUGAGGGUUCUGUAACUAUGUUUUACUGUGUCUUGGGCUACAUGGGAUUCCUGGCAUUUGUCAGUUUCACUGUGGCUUUUCUUGCCAGAAAGUUACCUGGCAGUUUCAAUGAAGCCAAGUUCAUCUCUUUUAGCAUGUUUGUCUUUUGCAGUGUUUGGUUAUCAUUUAUUCCUUCCUACCUGAGCACAAAGGGAAAAUACAUGGUGGCAGUGGAGAUCUUCUCUAUUUUAACUUCCAGUGCUGGACUGCUGGGUUGCAUCUUUUCCCCAAAAUGUUACAUAAUUGUCUUGAGACCUGAGCUGAACAACAAGGAACAGCUGAUCAGGAGAAAACCUCAAAGAAUGUAA